AAGAGCAAACAGGAGUGCAACGCGCUAAAGUGCAAUCUGGACAAAGAGAGGACAGUGUCAAAGGUUCUGUCCAGAGAGAUGGACAUCCUGAAAGCGAGGGUCAAAGAACUGGAGGUCGUGGAGGGUCAGCUGGAGAAGACAGAGCUUACACUAAAGGAAGACCUCACCAAGCURAAGACGCUGACGGUCAUGCUGGUGGAUGAAAGGAAGACCAUGGCUGAGAAACUSAAAGCGAUGGAGGACAAGGUCCAUAACAGCACUGGCAAACURCAAGCUGAGCAGGACAAAGUCACAACAGUAACAGAGAAGCUUAUCGAGGAGAGCAAGAAAGCCCUAAGGUCGAAUGCUGAGCUUGAGGAGAAAAUGUGUGGCGCCACCAAGGACAGGGAUGAACUCAAGGCCAAGCUCCAAGCCGAGGAGGAAAAGAGCAAUGACCUGCAGUCCAAAGUUACCAUGAUGAAGAAGAGGUUGCAGUCACUGGAAGCUGCAGAGAGGGAAUUCCUGAGGAACAAAGCCAAAGAGGAAAACAUCAAGGCGCCCAUCGCCAACCGCUCCCAACAAGAGGACUACAAAGUCAAAGACCUUACACAGGAAGUUGAGCGCCUGAGGCGAAAACUUAAAGAUAUGAAGGUUGUCGAAGACGACUUGUUGAAGACUGAGGAUGAGUUUGAGUCAAUGGAGAAGAGAUACUCCAGGGAACAAGAGCGAGCAACGGCCUUGAUGGAGGAGUUGGAAAUAUCCAGGAACGAGCUCUUAAAGUACCAACUGGCAGAGAAGCAAGAGUCCAACCAGGAGCACAUCCUCUACAAGCGUCUGAAAGAGGAAGAGGCCAAGUCCAGUCAUCUGACCCGAGAGGUGGCAGCCCUAAAAGAGAAGAUCCAUGAAUAUAUGGGCACAGAGGAAAACAUCUGUCGCAUGAAAAACGACCACUCCACCUUGCAAAGAAAACUGACUCUGCAAGAGGUGAAAAAUAAAGAACUGGCCAGAGAGAUGGAGACCCUCAAUCGGGAGCUGGAGCGAUACCGUCGCUUCAGCAAAAGUCUCCGCCCAGGCAUGAACGGCAGACGUUUCUCAGACUUACAGGUGUGCACCAAGGAGGUACAGACAGAUCCAGCAGACCACCUUCGACCCAACUACAAGAGCAUCGCCCCACUGGAGCGGGCCGUGGUGAACGGAAAACUGUACGAAGAGAGUGACUCUGAGGACGAUCCAAACUACAACAAUGAGCUGCCCCUCGCCCAAUGUAACCCCUCCCUCUUCAACAAUGUCAACAACCUCAACAACAACAUCAGGAGAGUCCCCUUUCUCAAAACCAAAGAAAGCCACAACCCAGUCAAUGGGAAAGUGCAGGUUCCCAGACAGAAUGGGAACCAUGUGCAGCAAGGAGACGUGUUUCUGACACACAGCCCCGGGCAACCACUGCACAUCAAGGUAACCCCAGACCACGGGCAUAACAUGGCCAUGCUAGAAAUCACCAGCCCCACCGCAGAAAACACCCAGUCAUACACAAGCACUGCAGUCAUCCCCACAAGCGGAGGUCCACCCAAACAAAGAAUCACCAUAAUUCAGAACGCAUCCAUCUCCCCGACUACCAGAAACAAAGGUCAAAGGUCCCCCUCUCCUCAAUAG